CAGCUGUGUUUAAAUCUUUUUCAAUCAGGCUCAUUAACUUGUUAUCUUCACCUUAACUGAUUAAUUGCCCUUGUAUUUUUGUUAGAAAAGGGCUGGAUUACUCUCUAAAACAAGGCAAGAUGCACUGUAGUGUGUGUUGGUUUCCACCAGCUCUCUGUUACAUUCAAAAUGCAUACAAGCAUCAGUCACAGUGUCUUCCUCUAGUACAACUACAGAGAUACACACAAUAUGGAUGGUAUAGUAUAAUGACAGAUAGAUAGAUAGAUAGAUAGAUAGAUAGAUAGAUAGAUAGAUAGAUAGAUAGAUAGAUAGAUAGAUAGAUAGAUAGAUAGAUAGAUAAAAAGUUAUUUUAUCUGUUUUCUACUUUUGCAGACACUUUUAUAUUUGUCUUUUUGGUUUCCCUGGAGGGAUUCUUCCACUUUGAUGUCAGUCAUGGCCUUAACAGCAUUUGCAACACCAUUUUUCAGGAUCCUAUGAAAAAUUGUUUUCGUCAGGAGUGCACGUGUAUCAAAAAAGAAAAGAGACAGAGGAGGAGGAGGAGAGGAGGAGAAGAUAUAAAAGUGAGGUAGCAGAAGGAGUGAGAAUCAUCCUGGAGCCGUCUUUCCACCUUUAUCAAUGGCAUUUUUUCAGACAUGGAGCAAAACGUUUUAUUUGCUCCUACCUAACCGGUGGCUUCCAACCAGCUCUCAUUCUCACCAAAAGGAAAUACAAUGUUAAAUUUAACUGUCUGACUUUGCUGCACAGUUAAACUCCAACUGGCUCUGGCUGUUUUUAUAGCACUUUUAUCUGUUGUUGAGUUUCGAGACACUUUCUUCUAGAGCCACAUUAACAAAGUCAUUCAAAAUCAAAAAUAUGGCAUCAACAAGAGGCAUGAGUGAGGAAGAACAAACUCGCCUGAGUUCACUCUUUCAUGCCUACGAUGUGGAUAAUUCAGGGUGUAUUGAAAAAAGUGAGUUCUCCACUAUUUGUCAGGAGCUUCAUGUCCCGUCCCAGGAGGUAGACGGCAUAUUCAACCGCCUGGACGUCAACAGAGACGGCACAGUGACCUUAGAGGAGUUUAUCAGUGGCUUCAAAGAACAACAACAGGAGGAAGAAGACACUGAGUCAGAGGUGACGAAAAAUAGUGAGAGAGAAGUUUCAAACAAGGAGGAACAUGUCAUAUCCAGCCAGCCAGAUCCCUCCAUCAAGGGUAUGAGCGCAGAGGAGCAGGACCGGCUGCGCUCCCUUUUUCACGCCUACGACGUGGACAACUCCGGGCGCAUCGAGAGAAACGAGUUUCUCACCAUCUGCGCCGAGCUGCAGGUGUCCGCGGCCGAGGCCGACCGGAUAUUUAACCGGCUGGACGUCGACCAGGACGGAACCGUCACCCUGUUGGAGUUCAUCAGCGGCUUCCACGAACGCUACGGAGAGGACAUGGAGCAGGACGGAGGAGACGUGUCCGCCGCCUGGGAGCGCUUCCAGGGCAAAAUGGGCGAGCAGGCCAAGUUCAUCCCCAGGAACGAACAAGCAGCUACGUUGUACCAGAACAUCAGUCUCACUGAGCCUAGACUGAUACCUCAGCUUGAGAAAGUCAUCAUAAACUUCAUCAAAGAGAUCAAACAGCAGAACUCAGAGAUGGAGAACCUGGCUCUCGCCAUCAAACGAGCACAGGACCAAGCAUCAAUGCAGCUCAGUGAAAUGGAGGAGGAAAUGGACCAACGCAUUCAAUUUGCUGAGAGAAAAACACGAGAGCAGGAGAAGAAGCGAACAGAAGCUGCACUGAGUGAGUUACGAAGAAGUUAUGAAACUGAAGUGUGUGAGCUGCAGUGUAAGAUCCAGAGGAUGCAAAUGAUAGAAGAAAAGUACAACAACAUCACUGUGAAAGAUGAGAGUCCAGCCUUGAAGAAGAAGAUCAAUGAGCUAACCCUGGAGAACCAGCGGUUAAAACAGGAGCUGCUGAAGUCUCAGACCAAAGUUGCCUGUCUGCUUAGUGACAUGGACUCGCUAAAGACAGAGCUAACUGAUCAAAGCAUCAGCUCUGAAAGAGACGAGGAGCUCAUGAAACACUUCACUGAUGAGCGAGACCACCUGGAGGGUCAGAUCGAGAUCCUGCAGGCAGCCAACAGGAAGCUUCAUGACAGCAACGAUGGCUUGAGGGCCGCUCUGGAGAGGAUCACCAGGUCUGGUAACGGGGGCUCACCAGGAGACAUAAAGGACAGAAGCAGAAGUAAAAGCAUCUGCUACACAUCACCUUAUGCCUUAAUGGAUAGGUUCUGCCAGCGUAUGGAUGAUUACCCUCUGUACAGCCGCCGGCCCAGCUGUGACACUCUGGCCUUGGCCAUGUGCGACCCAGGCCUGAGGCGCAGACACAGCAGUGAGUGCGAGGAGGACAGCCUGCCUGAGAUCUACAUGGACAGCGGCCUGUCGACACUCAGAGGUUCUCAUGGAGGCUACGACUCAGAGCAUGAGGUAAAAGGUCAAGAAGAGGAGGAAGAGGAAGAGAGAGGGGAGAAGAAAGUGGAGGAUGACAACAAUGAUAGCAUGAUGGGAGAAAACUCUGACAUUGAGCCAGCAGAGACACAGGACGGUGAAUCAGCAAUUGGGUCAGACAGCAGCUCAGUUUUGGACUGGAAGCCAUCUGAAUCCAUAGGUGUGUCCGAACCCCCCGCCCCAACUACAAGAAAGGCCCUCAGUGCCAUCAGUGUUCAGAAGGAGGACAAGGACAGCGCUGACCUGGGCUACAUGACAUCAGAGAAGGCGUACAGGAUCGUGUUGGCUGGAGAUGCUGCUGUGGGGAAGUCCAGCUUCCUGCUUCGCCUCUGCAAGAACGAAUUCAAAUUAAACUCCAGCGCUACGCUGGGAGUGGAUUUCCAGAUGAAGACACUAAUUGUGGAUGGAGAGCCCAUUUUACUACAACUGUGGGACACUGCAGGACAAGAGAGGUUUCGCAGCAUUGCAAAGUCUUAUUUCCGCCGGGCGGAUGGUGUGUUGCUGCUGUACGACGUCACCUGUGAGAAGAGCUUCCUUAAUGUUCGAGAAUGGGUGGACAUGAUCGAGGAUGUGUCCUACGAGGAUAUUCCCAUCAUGCUUGUGGGUAAUAAGUGUGAUCUUAGACAAGAUGGAGUUAACUGUGUUCCUACCAGCUAUGGAGAAAAACUGGCCAUGACAUACAACACUCUGUUCUGUGAAACUAGUGCCAAAGAGGGCUCCAACACCCUGGAGGCUGUGCUGCACCUGGCCAGGCAAGUAAGGAAACAGGCUACUUUUAAUGAAAAAAGUCAUUACCACUCGCUGCCCAGCUUAGAUGCUCCCAGGAAAAAACCCAACUUCUCCUGCUGCACCUGAUCAAAUUCAUCAGAGCUAGACCUCCACAUCUGACUUCAUGUGAACUCAGCACAGGUGGAAAAGAGACUACAGAUGCAGAAAUGAGACAUGCAUAAUCUCUACAGCAACCAGCAAUGGGAACAAAUCAUCAUCGUGAAUGACCAGCAGCAGACUAUCCACAACUUCAUGCAUUUCAGCCACAGCUUGAAGUCUUAUUGUUCUGUAUUUUAUUAAUCUGAGAAUGUUUAAUGUCUGUGUAAACCUCUUGCCAUGUGAAACUUCAUUUUUUCAUUGUACGCAUUGGAUACUCCAAGCACAUCGUGAAAAGAGGAGGACAUCUGUGAAAGUGAAGUGAGAAGGAAUUGGAAGUGAAGCCAAGCCUAUGAGUAUGUUUUUUAAAGUGACAUUAGUAUGUGACGCUGACAGAUAAUUGCAUGUGAUGGAGGAGAAAGAGUUAUUUUAGCAUAUUGUUAUGUGAGAAUGGAUUUUUAACUAGUUUUGCUAUUAACUGUGGCAGUUAUCCAAUUACUUCUGAGCUCAGUUAUCAUCGGUGGAAGUGACGGUUUUGAAAUGGCGUCUGCAGCGUGUUGGUGGCCUGAAAGGAAACAGAUGUUGCAAGUGAACUGCGUUGAUUGCCGACAUGGAGACACUGAGAAUUAUGGGAGAACUCGUCUUUGUUUAUAUACGAUGAACCCUGGUGCAAUGUGUGAUUGUAUAAGUCUUUAUGCUAAUGUCACAACCCAUUGUCUUUUACUAUUUUACCCCACAGUGUUACAUUUGACGUCCCACUGAGGAUGACUUUGUGUUAUAGAAUUUAUAUUUUUGGAGCUGAUCAUACAGCAGAUAAUUCAGUUUGCACCAUUUAAACACUUACUGUUAUUUUAUUAUCUGGUAUUAGUAAUGAAAAUUAGGAAUGCAUAAAAGAGGGUUCCCAGGAAGCAGAGCCUUUAUUUGUAUGCCUCAGAUUCAGUAUAUGACACUAAUUCUGUAUAAAUGUGUACAUGUGAUCUUGAGUAUGUCUUAUUAUUAUUUCUUCAUUAUCAGCAUACUGAAGGGUGGUGUAUAAAGGUUCAGUAUGCUUCAAAUGAAAUGCUUGUUGGAUUCUCAAAAAGUGUCUGAAACCCUUCUACCCAAAAAAUAAAACCCCUCCAAAUUGGGGGACUGGAUAUAUAUAUAUAUAUAUAUAUAUAUAUAUAUAUACACCUGUCAAACACGCACACAAAAGGUAAUGCUUUUUUUUCCUUAAUGCUUUUGCAAUAUUGUCUUUGUUACACUAAUGCCAAUAAAGCAAUGAAUAUUGAAGUGAUACAUAUACAUACAUACUUUACAUACACAUUAGUUUACUUAGCAGCAGCUUUUGUAACUUAUUGCCACUGACAGUGUAACAGCCACAUAGUGAUUGGCCAGGUUUUAUUUAUUAUUCACACCAUUACUUUGUCACUCGUGGUGCUGUACAUACAAGAAAGUGCCACCAAUGUCUCAAAGGAGAGACGAAGUGUGUGUCUAUCUCCCUUCAUACAAUUUAUCACAUUUCUUUAUUAUAGCAGGCUUUUCGCCACAACAAGAAUAAACACUUCUGCCUUUAGACGUGUUCGGAAGUAGAAACUAGUUUGUCAGCAUCAGACUGUGUCCUUAAUUUUGAGUCUGAAAGUUAUCUUAAUGUGCAUGUAGCACAUAAGUUAUUUAUUUCACACCGAUUGAACUUUUUGCAUAAAAGUCUUUGCUAAUGUUGAAAUAAGUGCAACUGCAAAGUUACUGUCUUUGCAACUGAGGUAUCUCUGUGUUAAAAGUUCUUGUGUCAAUAAAAAAUAUAAUGUGAAUGUCACAACAUCACAA